CAUCGAAACCAAAUUCAAGAAUUAAUAUGUCAGCGGAAAUAUCAAAACAAACGUGUUUGGCAUCCCAUAUGCGAAAGCAACGCGCCAAGAAAAUAUAAAUAAUAAGCCCCACCAACGUCAGCAAACAAACUCAUACGAAACCCGGCCAAUAAACAGCUUGAAAAGUGCCCAAGAAUCGUUGCGAAUGCGAAAAGAUACAUUUGUAUCUUUGGGCAUGCACUUUGCAGUUCCCCCAUCCAUUUCCCUAAAAAAAAUAUACACACAGUGUUUGUUGUGCGAAAGUAAAAACUACCUGCAACAGACUGCAGAGACAGACCUGCCCAGACCGAAAAACCCGAAAAAGAAAACCAGUUUUGUGAAAAUUAUUGACUGCGCUCUUGUGUUGGUUUUAGUUUAGUUUUUAUAUCUCGUUAUGCUUCUCUGUUUUUUUAUUUUUGUUGCUAUUUCUUGGUUGCACUCCUUUGUGAAUUGCUGAAAGGAAAAUGGCAAUAAUAACAAGCCGAAUUUGGCGGCUGCCAGCGAACAGAUAGAGGAGUCAUAAAUAAAGUGAGCGGAAUGGAUAGCAUUGAUAAGAAAUGCAAUUGAGGGAGACAUAAAUUACCCAAGGUGUCAAGGGGUUCUAGCUUAAAACUGAGGUGCAAACAUGGGUUUUGUGGAUUGAGUAGUUACGGUUUGUAGGUAUAUGAUGUUAGAUUACGAUCGGAUUUAUAGCCACGAUUUAUGUUUACUACGAUAAAUGAUAAAAUAUGAUUGAACAAAUAUUUGAAUAGUUUGUUGCCUUAAAAAUUUAAUAAAGUUUCUAAAAAGCAGCAUACUCAGUUAGAACAUAAUCAGCUUAUAGAACUAAACCAACCCAAGUGUGUAACAAGAGCCGACGUUAGCUAAUAAUUAUCAAAUGUAAUGAACCUAAUGGUAGUCCCCUUUAAUUCUCCACCCACAGUUAACUCGAAAAGUGCAACAUUCCCCAAUAAAUCAUAAGCAAGCGUUGCAGUUAAGUUACCGCUAAAUUCAACGAUCCAACUAUCAAGCAAAAAACAAAAACAAAAGCAAAAGAAAAAGAUCAACCAUCAACGUAGGCUAAGAAACAGAACGGAAAAUGCUCAUGCACACCACAUCAAUUUCCACAACGUCGACGGCCACCAUGACCAACUCAUCGUCCUCCGCCACGCCCACACCCGGCUCGACCUCCUCCAACAACAGUGCCACGCUCGACACGCUGCACCAGCAACAGCAACAACAACAGCAGCAGCAGCAUCAGCUGCAGCAACAACUGCAGCAGUUGCACACGAACGCCGCAAACAAUUCGCGGCCCCCCUCGCGGGCCCCCUCCAUCCUGGACAGUCCGACCCUGGCGCGCGUGGAGCGGGCUCGUCUGCGACUGGAGCAGCAGGAGCGGGAGCGGGAACGGGAGCGGAGCAGCCAGCGCGAGGUGGGCGGCGGCAGCGGAGGGGGCGGCGGUGGCAGCAGCACCGGCACCGGCAGCACUGCCACCACCAUGAAUCGUGAGGAUAGCCUGGAGCGCAGCAUUUUGGAUCCCAAGAAAGAAACGGCGCCCUGGCAUCAGAUGUGGACGCACAUGAAACGCCUCUCGCACGCCUCCAAAGUCAAUUCGACGAGCAGCCUGACCGCCCAGAAAACCGAUGUGGGCGUGGGCCAUCAUCCGAACAUGACACCAAAUGCAACAGCAACAACAACAACGGCAACGGCAAUGGGAACAAUGACAUCAACGCCCGGAAAAUGCAUUCUAUUUCCGGAUAAGACGGCCUCCCUGAAAAGCUCUAUGUAUACGCAACAGGUGUACUUCAGGCCCGAUAUGGUGAGUUGCAACAAACAAACCAAUUGGCUGAAUUUCAAGCAAGACCAAUCCUUGCUGGCAGGACGCAUUCCGGUGGCCUCCAUGACAGGACCCAUUAAACGCGGACUGCUGUGGCAGCAAAGGGAUCGGCUCUUCUCGCGCUGGAAGGAGCGAUACUUUGUGCUCACUCGUGACUACUUGCACUGCUUCAAAAGAGCCUCGGGAUCGGCCAACGAACGUGCCUCGGAUAUGGGACAGUUUAUCUUCAAGGUCAAGCUGGUGGACGUGGAGAAGGUGGAGUGGCUGAACCGGCGCUCCUACAGCGCCAUUGGGCUGCUUCUGGGUCGCGAGGGUCGUGUUCUCCUCCGCUGCGACGAUGGCCUCGAGGAUUGGUUCGAGCUGCUGGAGGAAUGCACCAUGACCUCCAAGGAGCGACGACGAGCCCUGAAGAUUGCCCAAGGACCCAGAUCCCGCGCCUCCUUGGCUGCGCCCGUUUCGCACGCCUCGCUGCAGUUCCAGCACUUUGGACUGGGAGGCACUUACUCCAGUGCCCUGGACGACUGGCUGAUGACCAAUGGCACUGGUGGUCUGGCCCGCCACAAGAUCGGAGCUGGCAGCCUGAACGGCUAUGGCGGUGCCAAUCCCUUCCUGUUCUCCGACUCGGUGCCGGAUCUGAGUGCUCUGAACAACGAAAACCACAAUCAUCACCUGAGCGGCAUCAGCACGAAUCACUCAACGCCGCAGAAGAUCCCGCACCACAGCAAUGCGAAUCUCAGUCGCUACUCCAAUGGUUAUGUCUCGGCCCAGAACAGUUUCACCCAGGCCGGUGCACUCUACGGUUCGCCCAGGCGGAUCUUCAUCAACAGCAGCUUCGGUUCCAACCAGGUGGUGGACGAGGAGACCGAGGAGACGGAGGUUCAGCUGAGGAGACCAAGACUAUUCCGCGGAGUGAGCGCUACUCCGGAUAAUGGCAACGAACUCGACCGCGAUUGGCUGUACAGGAAGCCAAGGGCGCCCACUGAUAUGAGGCACUCAGUGCAACCAAUGCUGCCCACUGGCGGAGGCAGCAACAUGGGGCUGGCCAAAACCGAGCUGGACUGUUCGGCCCAUGAUAGUGGCCUGGACACGCCCCCCUCGACGCACCGCCCCUCGAGCUAUCGGGAGGCGAGCAGGGACAGCACGGAGACGAAUGGCAGCUCGUCGCGAGGCACGCUGCUGAACAACUCAUCAUCGCCAGGCGGCAGUUUUCGGGCGAAAAAGCUGAGCGCCCAAGUGACGAAUCUCAACCAGCUGAACUCCCUGCACGGCUCGAGGUACUCGGUGCAGGAUCAGCGCAUCCUGAAGAUGCGCAACAACGAGGAGGAACGCUGCGCCUCCAUCAAGAUGGCCAAUCGCCUCAAUCAGAAUCCGGAGCCGGCCACCUACGAUCCCAACCAGAAUCGCUACUACAAGAACGGCAAUGCCACGCCCCCCACCUCACUGACGCCCCAGCACACGCCGCAGCACAAGCUGAUGAUGCUGCACCAUGGUAAUGGGAACGGCAACAUGGGCACCCUGAAUGGCAACACCAACGGUUCGGAUCGGAUGAACGGAUCGGCCAUUUUCCGGGAGCGUUACCAACAUCCCGCCCUGGCCGCCAUCAUCAACGAGGCGCAGGGCCUCAAGUUUCGAGAGCGUGCGUAUUCAGACAGUCAGCAGCGUCGCCUGAACAACAACAAUGGACCGACCCCCCAGCCAGCCUCGCCCCUCGCCCAGCGCCGGAAUAAUGCCGGACUUGGAUCCGGAGUCGGAGUCGGAUCGGGCGCUAUAUAUGGCACGCCCACGCGUGUAUAGCGCCUAAAGGUCUAAGGAUCUAGGGAUAAUCCAAAUCGAUGGAGUGCAGACUGCUCCCCCCACUAGUUUAAUAAGGAUAUAAGCGCUAAAUUAGUCGACUUGAUACAAAGUUUGGAAAUUAUUUGCAUAGAAAAUACUUCAACGAAGGUAGAGACUAGUAACUAAAUCUUAACUGUGUAUGUAGUAGUACUCGUAGUGUGUGUGCUCCAAUGUCCAGCUUUAUGUAAAUGUUUAAAUAAAUAUACAUUAGUAAAAGGCAUCUUAAUAAAAGAUAA